AAUAUAUUAUUAUAUUAUAAACAUUUCUUACCAUUCAACUCCCUCUUUGUAACGGCAGCAACCAAUCCAAAAGCUUUAAUUUAUUCCUCGUCACAAUUUUGCUAGCCUUACCGGCGGUCGGAUACAACCCACUCUAACCCAACCCUUCUGGAUCAAUGGCUACGCUUACACGUGUCCCAUUGGUAUUUUCCAGCAACAGGGUUGCACCAGCUCCAGCUGCUUCAUUAAAUCACAAAUGUAAUUGCGUGGCGUCAUCAUCACCCUUAACAAGAAAACUUCCACAUUGUUCUACUCCCUCUUCUCUUAGCUUCAACCCUUUUUCAUCUUCAUUCCCUUCUUUCUCAACGCGACAAAACAAGGGUUUUAGGAGAACAUCUGUGGUAGUAGCUUCCAUGGCUGAUCUCAGCACUGUGCUCGUCACUGGAGCCGCUGGCAGAACAGGUCAGAUAGUUUACAAGAAGCUGAAAGAGAGGUCCGAUCAGUUUGUCGUGAGAGGAUUCGUUAGAACUCCAGAAAGCAAGGAGACAAUCGGUGGAGCAGAUGAUGUGUUUGUUGGGGAUAUCAGGGAUACCACCUCUCUGGUUCCUGCCAUGCAAGGAAUUGAUGCACUCAUAAUUCUUACUAGUGCUGUUCCUAGAAUGAAACCUGGGUUUGAUCCGACGAAAGGCGGAAGGCCUGAGUUCUAUUUUGAAGAUGGAGCAUAUCCUGAGCAAGUUGACUGGAUUGGUCAGAAAAACCAAAUAGAUGUUGCUGAGGAGGCUGGAGUGAAGCAAAUUGUGUUGGUUGGGUCCAUGGGUGGAACAAACCCUAACCAUCCCUUGAACAGCUUGGGCAAUGGGAACAUUUUGGUCUGGAAGAGAAAGGCUGAGCAGUAUUUGGCUGACUCUGGUGUCCCAUACACAAUUAUCAGGGCUGGAGGACUGCAAGAUAGAGAUGGUGGCAUCAGAGAACUACUUGUCGGGAAGGAUGAUGAGCUUCUUCAGACUGAAACAAAAACAAUUGCCAGACCUGAUGUAGCAGAAGUCUGCAUUCAGGCACUGAAAUUUGAGGAGGCCAAAUUUAAGGCGUUUGAUUUAGCCUCGAAACCUGAGGGAGUUGGCAACCCAACAAAGGAUUUUAAGGCUCUUUUUUCCCAGAUCACUACUCGUUUCUAAUUCUCAAGUUCCAUAACUUCCGUCUUAGACUUUGAGUGAUGUUAUGCUCCUAAAGACUUUUUAUCAGUAUCUCAAACUUCUAAAACCAUGCUAUGAUCUGCAGAGAGGUCUACAAACAAGCAACUCUCAGCUGGUCUACUAAGCUGAUGGUGUGAUGAUAUUAUCAAAGAAUUAGCAUUCCUAGUGUUAUUUUUGUCUGACAUUGCUAUGGAACUCGAUAUUUUAGUAAUAUUUGCUCUCA